UCGCCUAUGCGAUAAUAAAACGAGGGGCAGUCUAGUCAAUAAGCAAUUAUAUUCUUAAUCUAUAUAAUAACAAUACAAACGGCUCUUUCUUUUUCUCACUCGCACUCUCCCUGAAAUCUUUUGUUAUAAGUUAUUGAAGAAGAAACCUAUUAGACAUAAACAUAGUCUUUACAACUGCCACCCAUUAACAACACAGCCUCCAUUUUUUUUUUUUUUUUAGAUAUUAUUAUUAUUAUUUCUUUUUGAGGCUAAAGUCUGUGUUUUUAUUGUGGUUGGUUUAGAAAAGAGAAGUCAGUUUUAGAGGGAGAAUUAACGGCUAAAUUUUGCUGGUUUUGCGGCUGCUGGAGAACCGGAGAUCGAGGGAAGUUUUUUUUGGAAAGUUACAGAAAUAUUGAUUUUUUUUUUAGGAUUGGACUUUUUGUUAUUUUUGGGUGAUAGGGUGUUGAUCUGCUUCCAAUUUGUAUUAAAAUAUCUUAUUAGAAAAGAGAAAUAACAAAGAAAAAAAUGUGGUGGAUGAUGAGUGAAAAUGGUGGGCAUUACUGUUCCAAGAAGACUGAUGAUAUUUGUGGUGAUGUUUGUGGCCAGGACUCAGGCAGGGUUUUGAGUAUGAACAGACUUCGGUGUAUCCUCCGUGGCAUUGAUCUAAAGACAUUAUUAUUUUUAUUCAUUCUCGUGCCAACAUGUGUCUAUGGUAUUUAUGUGCAUGGACAAAAGAUUUCAUAUUUCCUGCGGCCCUUGUGGGAAAAACCGCCUAGAAGCUUUAAUGAAAUUCCACAUUACUAUCACGAGAAUGUUUCUAUGCAUAACCUCUGCAAGCUCCAUGGUUGGAAGGUUCGUGAGUUUCCAAGACGUGUUUAUGAUGCAGUGUUGUUCAGUAAUGAGCUGGACAUCCUCACAGUUCGCUGGAAAGAAUUGUACCCUUAUGUGACACAAUUCAUUCUUCUUGAAUCUAAUUCAACGUUUACUGGCAGUGAAAAGCUCCUCUAUUUUGCCAACCAUCGAGAUCAGUUCAAAUUUGUUGAGCCCAGAUUGACAUAUGGAAUGAUUGGAGGGAGAUUUAGGAAAGGAGAGAACCCAUUUAUUGAAGAGGCAUAUCAGCGAGUAGCAUUGGAUCAGCUUAUCAAAGUUGCAGGGAUUUCUGAUGAUGACUUGCUGAUAAUGUCAGAUGUAGAUGAGAUACCAAGUAGGCAUACUAUCAAUCUCUUGAGAUGGUGUGACGACAUACCUCAAAUUCUUCAUCUUCGGUUGAAGAAUUAUCUCUACUCUUUUGAGUUUCUUGUGGAUAAUAAUAGCUGGAGAGCUUCAGUCCAUAGGUAUCAGACAGGAAAGACACGAUAUGCACAUUACCGCCAGGCAGAUGACAUUUUGGCAGAUGCAGGAUGGCAUUGCAGCUUUUGUUUCCGCCGUAUAAGUGAGUUUAUAUUCAAGAUGAAAGCUUAUAGCCAUUACGAUAGAGUCAGAUUCAAGCGUUUUCUAAACCCUGAAAGAGUGCAAAGAAAAAUCUGUGAGGGUGCUGACCUAUUUGAUAUGCUUCCAGAAGAAUACACAUUCAAAGAGAUCAUUGGGAAAAUGGGACCAAUUCCUCAUUCUUACUCAGCUGUUCACCUUCCAUCUUAUUUAAUAGAGAAUGCUGAUGAGUACAGAUUUCUCUUGCCUGGGAAUUGUAUGAGAGAAAGUGGGUAAUUAUCAUAAAUAACCUUCCAAUAUCUGUUUAUGUAAAGCUUAGGCAGAGGUGCGGCUUGUGCGACUCCAUGCGAAGGUCCAACCAAACAUGUGACAACUGCGAUGCGCCGACCAAGUUUGGGAAAAAUGUUUGGAGAGUUGGGCAACUUCUUGGAAAUUUUAUGGGGUCAAAUUAUGUAUAUAGCUUUCUUCUGGAUUUGGUUUUUAUUCAAUGCAGAGCUUGCGGAACUUGACCUGGUGCGGAACUUGCUGUGGAUGGUAGUAGCCAAGUCAUUACUGGGCGUUUGUGUACUUGUUAGCAUUGGUAGAACUUGAUUCUCCAAGUAUUCUAAUAUAUAGUUUUGAGGUUCUGAUGAUUUCCCUGUGUAGGGAAGUUUUGUUGUGAGACAAUUUAUUCUUGUCAUUUAACACAAUGAUUAUUUGAUUGCAUUUAGAUCUUAUAUUGACGACAA